AUGACUUUGAAAGACGCUUCCAACUCAAAGAAGGGGGAAGAAAGGAGUCCGGCACCAACGAAGACCCCUAUCAAGCAAGUCGUUGGUCGAGAAGCGAUCAACCCUCAACCACUCACCAUCCAAAGUUUGGAAGCAUCCGACGACGACGAUCCAUCAGGAGAGGGAGAAGACACGGAGCGCCUGGAGGGCCAACUAGCGAAGCUUCGGGAAAAGCAAGCACUUCAAAUGGCCAGCACGCAAGGCCAACUGGAUCAAGUCAUGACCGCGUUGUCUGCAUUAACAAAGGCAAACAAUCACGCGCCUCCCAAUCCCCAAGAAGCCACAGAGGAGAGGAGGCGCCUCCGAGGAAAGAUGCAAGAGGUUGAGGUGCUACCCAUGAACUCCCCACGGGAGGGUGUGGGCGCCUCACCCAACGAGGACGCAAUCGAAGCUGACGACGAUGUCUACCUGGAGAAGUACGCCCGACUCAACUACGGCGCCUCGGAAGAAAGAAGCGCCCUGCAAUUUUUGUAG